AUGAAGCGUCUGAAGGGGAAGAAAGGUUUUAUGACUCUCAAAUUAGAUAUGUCAAAGGCCUAUGAUCGCGUGGAAUGGGAUUUUCUUAGGAAGGUACUUAUUUUUAUGAAUUUUCCAACACGGUUGAUUGAGGUUAUUAUGAAAUGUGUUACCUCUGUUUCCUAUGGCAUUCUGAUUAAUGGUACUCCCACCCCAUGGUUUCUCCCUGAAAGGGGUCUUAGGCAGGGUGAUCCUUUAUCACCCUACCUAUUUAUUUUAUGUGUGGAAGCAUUUUCUGGUUUAUAUGUGGAACAGAUGAAGCAAAAGACCUUACACGGGGUGGUGGUUGCUCGUGGUGCCCCGGAGAUUAGCCAUCUCUUCUUUGCGGAUGAUAGCCUAAUCUUCUCAAGAGCAACACUAGAGGAAGCGGAGGUGGUAUGUAAGGUGAUUAAGGAGUAUGAGCAAGCUUCUGGACAGUUGGUAAAUCUUGACAAGUCAGAGGUGAACUUCAGCCAAAAUGUGUCUGAGAAUAGGAAAAAUAUGAUCCGGGACCGGAUGGGAGUUAAGGCUGUGGAGGUUCAGGAGAAGUACUUGGGGCUACCAACAAUAAUUGAAAAAGAUCAAAGAAGCAGAUUUUUGCUAAGGUGGAAGAUAGAAUGUGGAAGAAACUCAAAGGGUGGAAGGAACAAGCACUCUCAAAAGCGGGAAAGAAGUUCUAUUGAAGUCAGUAGCUCAAGCCAUCCCGUCUUAUAUCAUGAGUUGUUUCCGCCAAAAGAGCAUGGAGGUUUAGGGUUUCGUAAUUUGGAGGACUUCAAUACGUCGUUGCUCGCCAAACAGGUGUGGAGGUUAACUCAUAAUGAGAAACGACUCUUGUACAGGGUCUGGAAGGCAAGAUACUUCCCUAAAUCCUCACUUUUGGAGGCGGGAAUUGGCCACAAUCCUAGCUAUGCGUGGCAGAGCAUUUGGGGCGUGAAACAGGAAGUGGAGUGGGGAUUAAAAUGGGUGGUUGGUGAUGGUAAUAGCAUACGAGUGUGGCAGGACCCGUGGUUGCCUGGAGACUCUUCGGGGUUGGUUUUAUCUUCUGCGCCGGUAGAUACGAGUGUGUCAAAGGUGGCUGAUCUCAUGCACUGCGACUUCCCACGACGAUGGAAUGUUGACCUGAUUCAUAGCACCUUCAAUGCUCAGGAAGCACGACUAAUCCAGAGUAUCCCUGUAAGUUGGACUGGCAUUAAAGACAAGAGUGUUUGGCGAUGGACUCAUAAUGGCAUGUUCUCUGUACGCUCUUUAUACUGGCAGCUGCAGCAGCGGAAAUUGGCGGGGAUGGAGAGCACAUCAACAACAGGGUUGCUUUCAACCGGAGACCUGGAUGUUACAGGGCAAGUGGCCAUGCAAGCAUGGACUAUAUGGAAGCAGAGAAAUGAACUGGUUCAUCAAGGAACACAACCAGAUGUGCAGCGCACGAUUGAGAUGGCUCAUGAGUUGUGGGUGGAAUGGAAAGGCUAUGCAAAUGAGAAGAAGUCCAAGCCGAUAAUGGAGCAAGAAGGUGAGAGCUGGAAAAAACCCGAUGAGGGACUGUUGAAAAUCAAUCUUGACGCUGGAUGGUCGGGGAGCAACGGACAAGGUUUUGGCAUGGUGAUCAGGGAUCAUAGGGGGGAGUGUAUGUUCGCAACUACAUCUUUUUCUCCACAUAGAGCUGCUCCCAUUGUUGCGGAAUCAAAGGCGUUGAGAUGGGCGAUUCAAAUGGCUCAGCGAUUGGAAUUGACACAUAUUAUUCUUGAAACGGAUGCUAAGAAUGUGGUGGAAAAUUUCCUGGGACAUCAGGAUACUCCAGCUAUAGCACCAAUCAUCCAUGACUGUCGACGUUUAGCUACUUCCAUGGAGCAGAUCUAUUAG